AUGGCUAGUUACAAUGGAGAUAUGCCGUUACAUUCGGCAGAAAUGGCCAUUCAAGAACAAAUUAUGGACAGUGCGACGAAAAUCGACCAAGUCUCGGCUUCUGCUGAGUUAUACCCUCCUGUUGAAGCACUCAAUCGUGCCAACAGGCUCCUUCCACAUGUUCUCGAGGAAGAGGCAAGCAAGGACCCUCAAAGAGUUAUCGCAAUAAUGGCAAAAUCGUCUGAUAUAUCUAUGGGAUUUGAGGAACUCACCAUUGGGCAGUUCUUGCAUGCUGUCAAUUUUACAGCUCAUUGGAUUGACUCUGACAAAAUCGAUUCUCCUCCGGCUGAGACAUACGCUUUCGUUGGACCACAAGACUUUCGAUAUCCGAUCAUUGAACUUGCUGCCAUGAAGACAGGAAACCCUCUUCUUUUGCCUAGAGCUGGGAAUGCAUUAGCAAAUACAGUUUCAUUACUCAAUGCGACCAAAAGCACAAAAUUCUUUUACGCAUCGGAAUACUCAGAUCUUGCUGCACGGAUUGUCGCUGUGCUUCCACAUGUGAAAACCUACGAGGUACCGAGCUUGCGGGAGAUGACUGUCGAAAAUACCGAACCUUAUCCGUAUAACAAGAGCUGGGAUACAAAUAAGGACGAAAUAGCCGUGAUUAUUCAUACAUCAGGUUCCACAGGUGCACCGAAACCUAAGAAUUGCACCCAUGCAUUUCUCAGUAGUCUCAUGAACAGCUCGAAUUUACUCCCCGGAGUUCCUGGACGAAUAACUGCAUCGCUCGAUUUGAUAGCCAAAGGCAAGCUACUCUUGACCGCGUGCAGUUUUUCUCAUGGCUCCGGACUCAUCUCGGCAUUCACGACCAUCAUUCAGGGUUCGACAAUUGUUUUCGGCCCACCAAAUGUACCCUCUAGUGGAAAGAUACUUCACGAUAUUAUGAAAGUCCUCCCCAUUCAUGGACUUGUAAAUGUCCCAAGUAUUACAGAGCAGCUGUUCUUGGAUCAUGGUGAAGAUCUCAAGGACGAAAUUGCUGCCCUGAAACAUGUUUCCUGGCUUGGAGGUCCACUAUCCCAGAAGACGGGUGAUUUCAUUGUUAGCCAUACGAAUGCGAUUUUGUGGCAAGGCUUUGGAUCAACUGAAUCUGGCUUAUUGCCACUCCUCGUACCACCAAAAUCACAUUGGCAAUAUAUCGAAUUUCAUCCAAAAUUCUUACCAGAGUUAGAACCAAUAUCACCCGGCUCCCUGCUGUGCGAAUUAGUCUUAAAUAAAUAUCAGGAUCCGGCUCUUUCCUGGAGUCAACCUGUUUUUCACAUGGCUCCAGACCAGACAACCUGGAGAACCAGGGACAUUCUACGUCGCUAUGACGGUCCUCUUCCCGAUGGAGUCGGUCCACUUUGGAAGUUCGAGAAUAGAAUCGAUGAUCUCAUCAUUCUCUCCAAUGCCGCCAAAGUCAAUCCUGUGCAUAUUGAGACAUUGUUACAAUCGCAUCCAUUGCUAAACGGUUGUAUUGUGUUUGGAGAAAGUCAAACCCGUUGUGGAAUCUUGUUGGAACCAAAAGAGGGCUCGAAUUUGUCAGAGGAAGAAUUGGUAGCAUUGGUAUGGCCUGACGUAGAGGAGGCUAAUGGUACCGUACCAGGACAUGCUCGUAUUGAACGAGAUUUGGUCCUCGUGGUGAAAAAUGAUAAGAGGUUUGAGAGAGCUGCUAAAGGAACUUUCAUCAGAUCUCUUUGCUUAAAGAUGUAUAAGUCUGAGAUUGAUGAUUUAUACGCAAAGUUCAAGGCAAGAAAAGCCCAAUUCGGUUGA